CUACGACUCAUUCUUAUCGCCAUGUGCUCCCACGAAGGCUUUCUGUUCGCCUGAUGGGCGCGUGAGCAGAGCGUUCUUGCAGCGGCCGGUGUCUGCCGUCACUCGUUUAUUAUCUUCGCAGACAUGCCGCUCGAGGCGUGAGUCUUUUACCAACACGACAUGGCUAUCGCGGAGAGCUAUUGGCAGCAAGCGGGAUCUGGCUCUGCUCUCGCGGAGCCGGCCGUCUCGCCGCCUUCGGUCUCGAUGCUGCGCAAGGUGCUCAACGUUGCCGGCUGCAUUGCCUGCCUUCCAAUAUAUUGGAUGGCAACUGUUCACUGCCGCUGGCCAGUGACACUCGAUCUCAUCCUCACAAUCGCCCUCACGGAGCUGACCCGAUAUGUCAACGAAGGGAGGCGCAUGGCCUACUAUGAGGACUUCCAGUCACCGGCAACGAACCAAGCCAUGGAUCCGGAAAAGGCUGCGCUGCAGCUUGAGCUGCUAUCGCCUUGCAGCCCGCAGUUGGACUGCAUGGCCGCCGUGGUGGGAUGGCGCGAGGACCCGGCGCUCUUCACCAGAGCGCUGGAGAGCUACAAGACGGCGAGCGGUUGCGUGUUUCUUAUGGUUGGUAUUGACGGCGACGAAGCCCAGGACCAAGACAUGGUCGACGUCUUCAAUCUGGUUUACCCCCAGGGAUCGGCCACCCUCCACGUUCCGGAGCCUCUGGGCGAGGUCGCCCAUCGUGUUCGCGAAGAGCAAAUCGCCACCCGACAGCGACGGGGCCAGAAGGUUGACCACGAGGAGGUGGACCGGAUCGCCAUGGAGCAUUGCGUCAAGCUCGUCCGCGCUCUCAUCCUGCAAGCCGACAUCUCGCUGAGCGGCCCCAACGCCAUCACCCAGCUAUGCAUCCGCCAGCGGCACCUGCACAAAAAGGGCAUCAUGUUUUCCACGUACAUCUUCUCCCUGGUCAUUGCUGCGGAACUGGGCAUCGAGUUCCUCUGGAGCUCCGACUCGGACACCAUCGUUGCCCAGGACUCGCUGAGCAGGACAGUCGACACCGUCGCCGCGGACCCGGCCAUCGGGGGCGCGAGCUCGGCGCUGGUCGUGCAUAACGGCCAGGAGACGGCGGUGACGAAGCUCGCCGAGACGGUAUAUUGGGGAGAGCUGUACCUGACUCGGUCGCUACCGGCAGCAACGGCGACAAGCGACUGUCAGAGCGGACCGAGCACCCUCUUCCGUCUGGCUGCGCUGCCGCCCAUCCUAGUCCCCUGGUAUCUGCAGACCAUCUUUGGGAAGCGCAUGAUCAUCAACGAGGACCGCCAUCUCACGACCAACCUGCUGCAGCGCGGCUGGGGCAUCGUGUUCGCCUCGGACGUCCUCACAUCGACAGACACGCCGACGACGCUCGCGCGCUGGCUCCGUCAGCAGGUCCGCUGGGCCCGAGCGACGCACAUCGAGUCUCUCCUGCAGCCGCGCGUCUACCCCAUGAACCACCCGCUGCUCUUCUACUCCAUGUCCAAACGCGAAUUCGGCCCCGCCAUUGCGCUGCUCGCCGUGGUGUACUACUUCUUCACUUCCCGGCAGCUCAUCGCCGUCUCCGCGGCCGACCUGCUGCUGCGCUGCGUGACCGCAUUCGCGUACAACGUCCUGCGGAACCCGCACCGCCUGGAGCCGAGGUCCCUCAAGUGGGUGGUACCGGGAAUGGCCUUCUACCACAUCCCGCUCCCCGCCGUGCAUGUAUGGAGCAUGUUGACGCUGACGGCGGAUGGCUGGGGCACGAGCAUGAGGGCGAGCGGGGAAAGGGCAAAGAAGGACAGCGUCAGGCAGGCGUGGUUCGAGACUGGGUUUUUCGUUGUCUGGAUGGGCAUCAUCGCAGGAUGUUUGGCUCGGUGGUCCAGCGACCAUCUGCUUAUGAUCGUUGGGAUCUGGAAAUCUCUCUUUUUUAUAUGCAGCGUGGCAUCUGCUUCCUAUACGGCCUGGCGACUAACUAUUUACAAAACGUCCUACUGAUUAACGAAUGAAUAGAAUAGAGAACUAGAAAGCAUUCCUUGUUUGCAUGGAGGGACUUGGAGUAUUGGAGAACGUAAUGAGAACAUCUGGGGCCCCUGG